AUGAUUUGGACGAUAAAUUUAAAGAAGAGCAGAACACAGCGGAGAACGAGUCAGAAAUGGCUCAAGACCAUUUUGCCCACUCUGCCGAACAAACGUUCGGCACGGAACUGUCAAUUAAAACCGAAGUUUCUUCUCCGGAUGCAACGAAGGAUGUACACUUGAAUCAGAAGUGUUUUACUGUUCAUCAAGAAAAUUGUUAUGGCAAAAUACCUGAAGAUUUAUUCGAAGCAGAGGUAAACCCAAUUGUAAUUAAAUCAGAGUACGAAGAGGUCGAUGACCAGCAUCAGCUGCAAACAACGUAUGAUGUUCUGGAUCAUGAGCACACCUACCCUCAUUGUCCAUCAAAGUUCACCUCAUCUAACCUAAAGAAUACGGAUACGCGCACCACUCGCAGGCAAUUCAUCAAAAUGGUUGAUAUUAUGGAAACUGAUCCCGAAAUUGCCAGAGCAAUCAAAAAAGGAGACCAAUCUGCGUUUUGGGACAACCUAGCUACGGAAUUGAAUGCAGUUGGGCCACCAAUAAAAACAACAGCUAUAUGGAAAAGGGUUUGGUUCGACUACAAAUGUGCCGUAAAAAAGAAGCUGAGGGCGAAAAGAGCAGCUUUAAUCGCUACUGGUGGAGGACCAAACACAACCAAACCGCUCAGCGAGCUGGAAGAAAGAGUGGUGACUUUGACCAGUCAGCAACGUACCAUCACCGGAAACAGAGUCGCAACCUUCGGAUACGCGGAACCAAACACGGAGCUAAACACGGAGGCAAACCAGGAGAUUGAGCAAAUGCAAAUCGAGGACGUCUCGAACGAACAAGCUGGCGUUCCGGUUAUGAGGAAAAGAAGACGUAAGAAUACGGAGAAGGUUCUUCGACAGAACCAAGAAUUGAUAGAUACUAUGAAACUUAAGAUUGAAUCGGAUGCAAAGCUUAUAAAAAGCCAAGAAGCGAUGAUGGAG